AUGUGCGAUGGGGCCGAUGGUACUGGACAUGAUUUGUGGGUGACCGUGAGGGUUGCCAUGCUUGUGGGCGCUGUGGGGCAAGACUCGAUGGGUUGGAUUGAUCCUGCGCCGCUGCAAACCCGUGGGCAGGAACUUUGCACCCCGCACGCUCCUCCCAGGGACGUGGGAGGGUUCCGUGUGAUGGCCUUGGAGGCCAAUAAUGGAGGGUGUGGGGCACGGGGUAAGGAAGGGAGUGUUGCGCUUGGGAUGAACGUGCCUUGGACGACGCACACAUGCGCGCAGAGCACUGCUUCCGAGAGUGCGUGCAGGCCACGCCUGUGCACUUUUGGCGGCUUGGGAGAGGUAGAGACGGGGAUGGCGGAGACGGGGAUCGCGGGUAAGGAACGAGCGGUGCGUUGCUGCUGUGGCGGGCGGGCAACGGCGAGAACGCGACGGUACGGCGGGUUAGACAAUGUACGUUAA